AUGUCCCCCAUGACUUGCCGUCAUGGGCUGCCCAAGCGACCACCCAGCCACGCCUUCCCACUCUGCGGCACCAGCCCAGUGCCUCACCUCGCCUCGAAUCCCAGACCAUAUAUAAUGCGGAGUAAAUGCCAUCACCACCGCCCGCCUGCGGCGUUGGGGGGCCAGGACGAGGGAGCGGCCGGCAGCGUCCGGUCCCCACCCACCCCAAGGCCUGCACGCAGCUCGCGCCACUCCCCCGCCCUGCAGCGCGUGCUGUCCGAGCCCGGGCUGGAGGUCCCCGGCGGCGGAGACCCAUCCAAGUACCUGGCCACCCAGGAGGCCUUCUGGAAGGCAAUGCGGCGGCGGGGCCCCAAGCCCAGGGCGCCCACCGUCGUCAGGACCACGCAGAUGCAGUAUCGCGCCCCCGUGGACUACGACGUGGCGGUGGCGGGGGGCACCCUCGGCAUCUUCCUGGCAACCGCCCUGCAGCUGCGGGGCCUGCGGGUGGCGGUGGUGGAGCGCGGCCGCGUCCAGGGCCGGACGCAGGAGUGGAACAUCAGCCGCGCGGAGGUCGCGACGCUGGUGGGCACAGGGGUUCUGACACGGAAGGAGCUGGAGGAGGCCAUCGCGUCGGAGUUCAACCCGACGCGCGUGGCGCUGCACGGCGCGGCGCCCAUCGAGGUGCGCGAUGUGCUCAACGUCGGCGUCUGCCCCGCCACGGCCGUGGACCGCGCGCGGCGCCGCUUCGAGGCGGCGGGCGGCGUCGUGCUGGAGGGGGCCACCGUGCGUGGCGCAGUCGUGCACCCCAACGCAGUGGUGCUGGAGACUGCGGCGACGCGGAGUGGGACUGUGGCCGCGAGCAGUGGGGGCGGGGACCCGGGCAGCGACCACGGCCGGGGCGCCCCGAGCGGCGCGCAGACGGCGUCAGAUGGGCGCCCAUCGGACGCCGUCCAGACAUCGGUCCGGCGCCCACCCGCUCCCGCCGCCGGCGCCCCCGGCAGCUCCCCACCCCGCCCCGUGGCCGCGUCGCUCCUCAUAGACACGAUGGGGCACUGGAGCCCCAUCGUGGCGCAGCUGCGCCGCGGCGCGCGCCCCGACCGCGUGGUCAUGGUGGUGGGCGGCUGCGUGGAUGGCGUGCCCCCCGCCGCCAACGUUGCGGGGGACCUGCUGGCCACGCUGGGCGACGCCGCGGACGACAUGCAGCUGUUCUGGGAGGCCUUCCCCGCGCGCGACGGCGGCCGUACGCUCUACGCCUUUGCCUACCUGGACGCGCACCCCGACCGCCCCAGCUUUGAGGCCAUGCUGGACCGCUACCUGGACGGCAUCCCUGCCUACCAGGGCGUGGCGCUGGAGGAGCUGCGCUUCAAGCGCCUCCUCCUCGCCGCAUUCCCCUGCUACCCCGACGCCAGCCCCCUCAAGCCAGGCUUCGACCGUAUCCUCCAGGUGGGAGACGCGGCGGCGUCCCAGUCGCCCCUCUCCUUCGGUGGCUUCGGCAGCAUGCUGCGCCACCUGCCUCGCCUGACCCAGGGCGUGGAGCAGGCGGUGCGCAGCGAUAGCCUCUCCCGCGGCGCGCUGGGCUGGCUGCAGCCCUCCUCCCCCACCCUAUCCAGCGCCUGGUUGUUCCAGGGGGCCAUGGCCCCCCGCAUCGGCCAGCUGGCGCGGCCGGGGUCGCGUCCCGGCGCGCCCCUUCGGGGCCCCGGCUGGCUGCCCCCGGACCACGUCAAUCGCCUGCUGCGCUGCGCCUUUGGUGUGCUGCAGUGGCUGGGGCCCUGGGCGCUGCGCCCCUUCCUCCAGGACACGCUGCUCUUCCUGCCGCUGUCGGCGACCAUGGCGGGCAUGGCCCUGCGCGACCCCGGCACCAUCCUGCGCGUCGUGCGCCAGCUGGGGCCCUGGGAGGUGCUGAGUUGGGCGCGGCACUACCUCGCCCUGGGCCUGGCCACUCUGCUGGAUGCCCUGCUCUGGCCCCUGCGUGGGCAGCUGCAGGGCAGCUACCGCUGGAGGCGCGUGCUGGACGCGGUGCACUGGGGGUCGGGGGCCGACUACCACGACCACUGA